CCGUUCCGUUGCUUCUCUUCUCCCGGCGAAGUAAAGCAGCCCCCCUUCCCAAAAUGGGCUGCACGCUGAGCGCCGAGGACAAGGCGGCGGUGGAGAGGAGCAAGAUGAUCGACAGGAACCUGCGAGAGGAUGGCGAGAAGGCGGCCAGGGAGGUCAAGCUGCUCCUCUUAGGAGCUGGUGAAUCAGGGAAAAGCACAAUUGUCAAGCAAAUGAAGAUUAUCCAUGAAGCUGGUUAUUCGGAAGAAGAAUGUAAACAGUACAAAGCUGUUGUCUACAGUAACACCAUUCAGUCCAUUAUUGCUAUCAUUAGAGCAAUGGGGAGGUUGAAGAUAGACUUUGGUGAUCCAACCAGGGCUGAUGAUGCUCGUCAACUCUUUGUCUUAGCUGGAGCAGCAGAAGAAGGAUUUAUGACUGCAGAACUUGCUGGAGUUAUCAAGAGACUGUGGAAAGACAGUGGAGUCCAAGCUUGUUUCAACAGAUCUAGAGAAUAUCAGCUUAAUGACUCUGCUGCCUAUUACUUGAAUGACUUGGACAGGAUAGCACAAACCAGCUACAUUCCAACUCAACAGGAUGUUCUCAGGACUAGAGUGAAAACUACAGGAAUAGUGGAAACACACUUUACUUUCAAAGAUCUUCAUUUUAAAAUGUUUGAUGUUGGAGGCCAAAGAUCAGAGCGGAAGAAGUGGAUUCAUUGUUUUGAGGGUGUUACAGCAAUUAUUUUUUGUGUGGCAUUAAGUGAUUAUGACUUGGUCUUGGCUGAAGAUGAGGAAAUGAAUCGCAUGCAUGAAAGCAUGAAAUUGUUUGACAGUAUCUGCAACAAUAAAUGGUUCACAGACACUUCUAUUAUUCUCUUCCUGAACAAGAAAGAUCUUUUUGAAGAAAAAAUCAAAAGGAGUCCUCUCACUAUUUGCUACCCUGAAUACGCAGGAUCAAACACUUACGAAGAAGCAGCUGCUUACAUUCAAUGUCAGUUUGAAGAUCUGAACAAGAGAAAAGACACGAAGGAAAUCUACACUCACUUCACAUGUGCCACAGACACGAAAAAUGUGCAGUUUGUUUUCGAUGCUGUAACUGAUGUCAUUAUUAAAAAUAACCUUAAAGACUGUGGCCUCUUCUGAGAACAGACAAAAGAUUGUUAAAUGAUAAAUUACAUGCCUGAAAACAGGACUUAGGCAUUUGGAAUAUGCCCAUGCUAUGUAAAACCUGCAUAGAUAUACUUAAUCCUUUUAUUUUGUUUCUAGGUUUGGAGAACAACUUCACACAGUUCUAAUCUGAUUCUUUUCAAGGUGAAAGAAAUAAAAAAUACAUUGUGCUGAAUGAUAGAUCAGUACUGUACUUGCCUGUUUUAACAGCUUUAUUUAUGUUUGUCCUGUACAUUUAAGUAAUUAGUUAACACAGAGAUGUCAGUUGAUUGUAUGUAAACUUAUAAUUGUAGUAAUGUAUUUGUAUAAAUGUUGAACGGAAUAUUUUAGUGACUCGAUGUCCUCUAAAAUUUCCAUGUUUUAUGAAGAUACUCUUAGAGGAGACAGACACUUUUUGCCUUUGGAUUAUUUAAACAUCUUGUAAAAUUAAAUUUUCUUUUCAUCUUAAGGGUGCAUGCUGCCUUAUUCUUUACUUUUGUUGGUAAUACUGUAUAUGACAUUAGCUUUUUUGAUAUUUAAACAGCCUCAUACACCUACGCAGACUUAAAGAAACAUAACGAAUAAAACUUGGUUUUUUGCCUUAAGUUU